AUGGAAAGAAGAGUUCUUGUUUGCCAGAUUUUGUACUCUCUUAUGAACAAGUACGCCACCUUAGCGUGUAGUUACAACGAGGGCUGUUAUGAAUGUUACCAUAAUUCACAUUGUCCAAGUGGACACAUCUGUCAAGAUGGGUAUUGCAUUCGAUUUGACACAAGCAAUGAUUCCUCCAAGAUCUCGUUGUCAAGUAACACUAUACUCAAUGUGAUUGGAGCUAUCGCAGCCCUGAUAUUUCUCAUUUGUUGUUGCGCGAGGCAACGACGAAAUGAAAGAAAUGAUAACGUUAACACUACGCUUUCGAUUGUCACCAUGGAUAGAAGUUCCACAGCAAGAAGCGUCCAGCAAAAUAGGAAUGUUCGAAGUGAGGAAAUGAGCUCAGUGAACGAACAGCCGGAACGCGUAGAAUCGCGCACACAUCAAAUCUCUUCUCUUGUCACAAUUAGUGGCCCACAGUCAUACAGUGAAGUUGGACAUGAAACAGAAGCACCUCCACCAAGCUACGAAGAAGUCAUGAGGGCUUCACCGGAGACUGUUAUCCACGAACCCGCGAACAAGCAACGGCUUGUGGUUAUGGAGAUCUAUGUUGGCACUCCCAAAUAACGAUUGGGAACUAAAAUCCUUUUCUCCAACACUCCUUGGGCUUCCUUGGGCAUUUGAAUCUCGUGCUUGACGAAACUUAUGAUUCGAGGUUUUAGUUGGUUCGCGUUAUUACCCUGGCAGACGAUUUUCUUCGGGAUUUUCUGGAGGUCUCCUUCCCUCGGCA